AUGGAAUGCUUGAGUGAUGAAUUUGCCACGACAGAAGCUAGAACCUACUCCCGAAAGGCCCACAGAAAGAAAGUUCGUGGAAUUUUUGGACAAACAGGAAAAGAAAAUAAACUCGACUUGGAAACUCAAUUUCCAGCAAGAGAUCAAAAAUAUUGGAAAACACAUACAAUGACAGAUACUCAAAUUGAAUUACAAAUUAAAUUAUCAAAUAGAACUCAAGAUUUAAAGGAAUUGGAAGAAGCUAAACAUGAAUCUAAACAUAACGCCAAACAAAAACACCAAAAUGAAAAGUUUGAAGAGUGGUGUGCAACCAAAUCAAAGAAAAAAAUCAGAAAGAAACAAAAACAAUUGGAAAGAGAAGGGCUCUCUACUCCCUUCGAUAAUGAUUCAACCUCUUCAGAAGUUGAGGAAAAAGUGGAGGAAUGGUAUAAAGAUAAUUCGAGAGGUGUUACUGAAGUUAAAAAGUAUUACGAGACGGACAGUUUAAUGUGUUUCAAAUAUUAUAGAGAGUUCAAGGUUAAAUAA